AUGGGUGACCUGUGGUUAUUCCUGUUCCUGCCACUGUCCCUGGUUGCCUUCCAUGGGGUCAAAGGCUGUUUGGACUGUGACCCAAAAUUCAUAGAGGAUAUUAGGGUCAUUCUGACAACGAUGGUACCCACAGAAGUCCCUGAUCGAACUCAACUGCUUGAACGGCAAUUUAAAGAGAUCACCCAUUUAAGCUUCAAGGUCGUCCACAGGAACAAGAUGCUUCGGGUAUUGGCUGUUCAAACUGUCAUCAACUUGAGAAUAUGGCUGAAGAAUGAAUUUUAUAAAAUCGGCAAUGAAACAUGGAAAGGGGUCUUUAUCUAUCAAGGCCAGUUUCUCGAGAUGCGCAAAAAGCUGGAAUCUAAGCUGACAGAAAAAUUAACGAUCUUCUCUGAAGUUGUUGUAACUGAAGGACCCAUUCUUGAUUGUUGGACCUGUCUUCGUGUGUCUUCCCAGUGCUUCAGAGGAGAAUAUUGUGGAGACGAUGAUUUGAAGAAGGCUGAGAAUAGAGAAAUUAUACUCUUCCUGAUACUGUUUACAGAAGCUGGACUAUUGGCAAGUGCAGUGUUACUAUUCUAUUUUUGUGUUUCUCACCGGAGGAAAAUGAAAAACAUUCGCAGGACACUAAAGAAAUACUUGGAGAAGAAACUUGAGGAAUUAGUGGGGAUGGCAGAUAAGGAGGAAGAAAAGAAAAGGAAUGAAUACAGGAUAUAA